AUGGACCGAUUCAGACCAGGUUGGGUGUACGACACCACCGACCAAGAACCGGAGCAGAGCGAUACUAUCGAAGGAUUAGCCGAAAAGCUGGGCCUCGAUCCCAAAGAGCUGAAGAAAACGGUUGAUGAAUACAAUGCGGCCAUCAACGACAACGAGUUCGACUUGAUGAAACUCGACGGCAAGAGGACUCAUGGUCUCUCGCCUGAUAAGACGAAUUGGGCCAAUCCAAUCAACAAGCCGCCAUACUAUGGGUAUCCAAUGAAAGCACAACUCACUUUCACAUAUGGCGGGUUGAAGUGUGACCUUGACUCCAGGGUGCUUUCCACAACAGGGGUUCCGAUUCCAGGGCUGUACUGUGCUGGGGAGCUGAGUGGCUUGUUCUACAACGAGGUAAGCAGAUCGUCCCGUUUCCUGUAG